UCCAAAUCCACAAUCUUACAGCAGGAUAAAAUGAAAAACCAAAAGUAAACAAUAAACUUCAGACAAUCAAAAUAAAUAAAAGCAAAAAACAAAUCUUCUAUCCCAUCUUCCCCAUCACCACCAAUGACAGUGGUUCAGGAAGGGGACGAUCCUCAACUGACCCGUCCUCGAAUUCGGUUUCAUCCAGAUCCAAUUCUUCAACUUCCUUUCCAAUGGCUCUUUUCUUGUACUGAUCCACGAUCUUUACCAUGUAGUCUCGAUUUCCUUUUGUCCAAAACUGAUCGGGCCUCCCGGCAAAAAACCCUAACGCCGCCUGCUUUCUCGCUGUCGCCCCGUCUCACGCCGCUUCCUUACUGCCGACAAAGACAAACCGGCCUUCAUGCUAAGCUCCUCAACCCUUAUCUCCUUCCACAGGCUCAAGAACAAAAAAGAAAAGCUGAAUAUUGGGC